AUAUAAGGUACACCACUGUGGCAAGCUGUCUCUCAGAUUGCAUUUGCUUGCACGGAUCUGUUUAGUACUGAAAGGGAAAGGGGGAGGGGGAAAAAAAAGAAGGGAAAAGUGCUGCACUGAAUGUGAGAUCAUGCAAAAGCUAGUGCUCUAUGCUUCUAUUUACCUGUUCAUGCUGAUUUCGGUUGAUCCGGUGGCUCUUGAUGACAGCAGUCAGCCCACAGAGAACGCUGAAAAGGACGGACUGUGCAAUGCUUGUACAUGGAGACAGAAUACAAAAUCUUCCAGAAUAGAAGCCAUAAAAAUUCAGAUCCUCAGCAAACUGCGUCUGGAACAAGCUCCUAACAUUAGCAGGGAUGUUAUUAAACAACUUUUACCCAAGGCUCCUCCACUGCAGGAACUGAUUGAUCAGUAUGAUGUGCAGAGAGAUGACAGUAGCGAUGGCUCUUUGGAAGAUGAUGACUAUCAUGCCACCACCGAAACGAUUAUCACAAUGCCUACAGAGUCUGAUUUUCUUGUACAAAUGGAGGGAAAACCAAAAUGUUGCUUCUUUAAGUUUAGCUCUAAGAUACAAUAUAACAAAGUAGUAAAAGCACAAUUGUGGAUAUACUUGAGGCAAGUCCAAAAACCUACAACGGUGUUUGUGCAGAUCCUGAGACUUAUUAAGCCCAUGAAAGAUGGUACAAGAUAUACUGGAAUUCGAUCUUUGAAACUUGACAUGAACCCAGGCACCGGUAUUUGGCAGAGUAUUGAUGUGAAGACAGUGUUGCAAAAUUGGCUCAAACAGCCUGAAUCCAAUUUAGGCAUCGAAAUAAAAGCUUUUGAUGAGAACGGACGGAAUCUUGCUGUAACUUUCCCAGGACCGGGUGAAGAUGGAUUGAACCCAUUUCUAGAGGUCAGAGUUACAGACACACCAAAAAGGUCCCGCAGAGAUUUUGGUCUCGACUGUGACGAGCACUCGACAGAAUCCCGAUGUUGCCGCUACCCGCUGACAGUGGAUUUCGAAGCUUUCGGGUGGGAUUGGAUUAUCGCUCCUAAAAGAUACAAAGCGAAUUAUUGCUCCGGAGAAUGUGAAUUUGUGUUUUUACAAAAGUACCCUCACACCCACCUGGUGCACCAAGCCAACCCCAGAGGCUCGGCAGGCCCUUGCUGCACGCCCACCAAGAUGUCCCCCAUCAACAUGCUGUACUUCAACGGCAAAGAACAAAUCAUCUACGGCAAGAUACCAGCCAUGGUUGUAGAUCGCUGCGGGUGCUCAUGAGAUCCUCGUCGGAUCCACCGCUUCACACAUCAUGGAAGCUACCAAAAA